UGCCACCCCUUCAAUUUCUCCAAGUUUUCUCGUUCAGGGCAUCAAGUUAGUUAACUUAACCCGCGGGUGGCCUAAAUCAAGUUCAGCCUCGUUUGUUUUCUCAGAGCUUCCGAAUACUGAGAAAGGCGGGUCAUCCUAAAUCGAGUUCAGGCUCAUUAUUUUCUGGACAGCGAGUAACUAACUAGUAUUGAAAACUCAUAAGAAAGAAAAACAAUGAGCCUCCGAAUACUGAGAAAGGCUUCGCAGACGCAAAACGCAAAGCAAUUAUCCUCCAGUUUCUCCAAAUUCACACGAUCGUUCUCGCAGCUCUCCUCACAGUCCAAACCGCCUUCCUUUGGCAUUGCGUUCGACAUCGACGGCGUCGUUUUACGCAGCGAAGCUCCGAUCGGAGGCUCUCCUCAGGUCUUCAGAAGAUUAUACGACGAUUCUGGUAAUCUUAGCAUUCCGUACGUGUUCUUGACAAAUGGUGGUGGGUUUACUGAAUCUAAAAGAGCCCUUGAGUUAAGUGAACUUUUGGGUGUCAAGAUUUCACCUUUACAGGUUUUACAGGGCCAUACACCUUUUAAGCAGUUAGUAAACAGAUUUGAGAAUGAACUCAUUGUUGCUGUGGGGAAAGGAGAACCUGCUGCAGUUAUGUCUGAAUAUGGAUUUAAAAAUGUUCUUUCAAUUGAUGAGUAUGCGUCCUGCUUUGAAAACAUUGACCCACUAGCACCGUAUAAAAAAUGGACAACUAAGCAGGUUAAGGAGGUUGCUGCCAGAGACCUUGUAUUCUCACAAAGAGUUCAGGCGGCGUUUAUAGUUAGUGAUUCUGUUGAUUGGAGCAGAGACAUUCAGGUCCUAUGCGACAUUUUAAGAACUGGUGGUCUUCCUGGUCGGGAAAUAGGACACCAACCACAUCUUUAUUUUGCGCAUGAUGACCUUGCAUACCAGGCUGCUUUUCCUACCGAGCGUUUUGGAAUGGGAGCUUUCAGAAUUGCACUAGAAUCCAUCUUUAAUAGAAUCCAUCCUCAUGCUCUGGAGUAUACAACUUUUGGGAAACCAAAUCCAUUUGUAUUCAAUAAUGCAGAACUUGUACUUAAGCAACUUGUGUCAGCUCUUCAUGAUAAUCUUCAAGUUGCCAAUCAAGCAAAUGCUGGAAGUUACCAAUUCCAAACACUGUAUAUGAUAGGAGAUAAUCCUUCGGUUGACAUCAAUGGUGCACGACAGGCGGGUCAUCCCUGGUUUUCUAUUCUGACAAGGACUGGGGUUUUCAAGGGAAAGGAAAAUCAUGCCGAAUUUCCAGCGGAUCUGGUUGUUGACACGGUGGAAGAAGCUGUAGACUUUGUUUUGAGAAAGGAAUGCAUCUCCUAGACUUUUAUUCUGUACACUUUGUUCUUUUCUUUUCUUUUUUUGUUCCCCCCUCCCCCACAGAUUUUAUUAAUUUUUGAUAAAUUUAUUUGUGGUUUACAAUAUUUUUUGAGAACUCCAUCUGAAAAUAUAUUUUUAAAUUUUAUAAGGAGAAUUUUGGGGAAGACAAUUGAGGUGAUAUCUCAGAUGAACCCCAGCUAGGCUCUCAAUUUGGAGAAAUACUUGCAUGAAAUGGGACAGCACUAUUUUGCUAUCCCUGGUCAAUCACAAUAUGCCACGCGUAAUAACUUUUCCAAGUGAGACUGUGAUUGGCCGGAAAUAGCAAAACAGUACUAUACCCGUUUCAUACAAGUUUUUUGGCUCAAUUUGAGAUCAAUUCAUGAUGUACUUACAAUGCGUUAUUUGGAGAUGAGACAAGAAAUCAAAUAAGAGAACUGGCGCUUUCAUUU